AUGAUUUCCACGCACAUCCUGUCUCUGUUCUCCGUGGUCAACCUGGCUUUGGCCGUUGACCCGGCUACCAUCCAGACGUAUCUUACAGAGCAUCUUUCCUCCGGCUCUGAAGUCGUUGUCAACCCCACCGACCUUACGGAGAGGUGGAACGCGUAUGACCCGCCGACCUACUCCGUGGGCGUGAAACCUGCCACAACGGAAGAUGUUUCCAUCAUCGUCAAUUAUGCUUCAAACAACAGCAUCCCUUUCCUGGGCACCGGCGGCGGUCACGGCUACUCAACGACAACCAGCGCUUUGCAAAACGGCCUCGACAUUGACCUCAGUGGUUUCAACACUGUCUCCGUAGACGAUUCGGCAAGCAAGAUGACCAUCGGCGGCGGAGUCAGAUUCCGUGACAUUCUGGACCCGGUUUAUGCGGCCGGAAAGGAAAUUCAGACUGGAUCAUGCUCAUGUGUUGGCAUGGUUGGCGCCACCUUGGGCGGCGGCAUUGGACCAUACCAAGGCCUUCAUGGUCUGAUCAUUGACGCGCUUGACUCAGUCACCAUCGUGACGGGGACAGGCGAAAUCGUCAAUGCAUCUGCGACUGAGAACACUGAUCUGUUCUGGGGCCUCAGAGGCGCCGGUCAGAACUUUGGCAUCAUAACAUCCGCCACCUACACGCUGCAUGACCAAACCAACGGCGGGACCGCCUUGAACGCCGACUUUCUCUUUGCUGCGAGCGAAAACGCCACCAUUUUCCAAAUUAUCAAGGACUUCGCAGGAAACCAGCCGGACGCUCUGGCCCUUAUGAGCGUCAUCCAGUAUUCCACCACCUAUAACACGACUGUGAUACUGGUCAACGCUAUCUACGGUGGUCCGGAAGAAGAAGGCAGGAAAAUCAUUGAGCCACUAAUCAAUGCGAAUGCCUUGCAGUCGAACGUCAGCAUGAUUCCAUGGAACCGCCUCAUCCACGAGAGCAGGUUCGGCGCCGACGCACUUGGCUGCAUCGCCGGCCAGAACCAAGCGGUCUACGGCAUGAACCUUUACGAUUAUGACAUUGCCACAUACCAGGCGACUCUUGAUGCAUACAUCGACUUUUAUGCCACCACCGGAAUGAUAAAUGCAUUCAUGGCCACCGAGAUGUUCCCAACUGCGGCUACCCUGGAAACGCCGGACGACGCGACUGCCUAUCCGUAUAGAGACACCAUGGCCUAUCUUUUGUUGAGCUUUGGCGGCUUUUCAACAGAGUCUCAGGCCGCUGCUAUUACUGAGUUUGCCAACCAGAGGCGUGCAGAACUGUCGAAACUGAAUGGCGAUAAAGGCCUCGAGGUCUACGUGAACUAUGCUCGUGGAGACGAAGGCCGGGAUGCGUGGUAUACUGCGGAGAAGCUUCCCAAACUUGAAUCCAUCAAGGACGCUUGGGACCCGAACAACUUGUUCAACUUCACCAACGGAUUCACCUACUAA